CGCAGCGAUGUCGGACCCGGCCGUGUGCGCUUUCCUGUCCAAGGUGGUGUGCAGCCACGGGGGCCGCCUGGAUUGCGCCCAGCUCUCCAGCUACGUCGCCGGCCUCUCGGAGCAGCAGCUGCGCCAGAUCCUGGAGGUGGGCGCGCCCGAGCGCUUCCUGCUGGCCAGGGCCCCGGGGGGCGCGGGCGACGCCUCCUCGCGCCUCGUCCUGGCCGUCUCCGCCGUGCGCCUCUGCCCCCAGAAGGAGUGCCCCGGCUGCGAGCGCCUCCAUCUCUGCAAGCUCAACCUCCUGGGCAGGUGCCGGGUCAGGGCCUGUAAGUAUUCUCAUGAUGUCUUCUCGGAGGAAAACCGGAAAGUCUUGAAGGACCACGAACUCUCUGGCCUCAAUGAGGAUGAGCUGCGCGUUCUCCUUCUCCAGAACGACCCUUUUCUGCUGCCUGAUGUAUGCAGUCUUUACAACAAGAAAGAUGGAAACUGCCCCCAAAAAGAAGAUUGCAAAAAACUUCAUGUUUGCCGCUUCUUUCUCAGAGGAACCUGUCGGUUUCCCAGAUGCAAGAGGUCUCACGACCUUUUGCAGCCAAAUAUGCUGAAGCUGCUGCUUGAAGAAGGGGUGGAUGCUAAGAUGGCUUGGAAUAUCCAGACGAUCUGUGCUCACAAAACUGCUGAACUGGCCAGGGAACUAGGACUGCAAAAAGUGCAUUCCUCGAACGCUGAAGCGGCCGCAAGUGGAGGAAAAAAGAAACCAAGUGUUAGAGUUCAGGAAGAAUGCAGCCCACUCCCUAAUCCGGCUUCUCUUCCGUUUGGUUUCAUGAACCUGAAUCUCAAACAAGGUGUCAAAGCAGCUCCUCCUUCCAAACCUCCCCAGAAUGAAGAGAAAAAGAAAAGUGAUGAGAUCUGUCUGUUCUAUGUCUGGCAGUUCUGCAAACAUAAAAGUAACUGUGAGAUGAUCCAUUACCAUCUGCCUUAUCGAUGGCAAUUGUAUACUGGAAUGAAAUGGAAUGAUUUGCCCUCAAUGGAGGAAGUCGAAAAAGCCUAUUGUGACCCCGCCACUACAAGUUUUCAAAACAUCAAUUUCAAGACCAUGAUGUCUUACAUCAAUCCAGUUCGGCGUCAGUCCACACCUUCGUCUGUCACCAAGCCUGCCAAAUUUGUCUUAACAACCAAGUGGCUUUGGUACUGGAAGAAUGACCAGGGCCAGUGGAUUGAAUAUGGGAAACAGGAUGGACAGCGCCAAGGCUCCGCAUUAAGUUCUGAUGAUCUGGAGAAUUUAUUCUUGUCAGAGCCAGAUGGUAGUAUCCAAUUCCAAGCAGGCUCCCAAGGAUACGAAAUAAACUUUAAAGACAUGAUCCAGAGAAACUUGUACUACCUCACCCAGAGAGAGGUCCGGAGGCGCCCAAAAUAUGUUUCCCAUGAAGAUGUGAAGAACAAGAAAGGCCACAGGGACCCUCCUUCUGCACCUAUUCCAGACCCGAUAUAUCCCAGAGAAUGGGAUAAAUCAGCGCUACCUGAGAUUGGGUACAAGGCUAUCGAACUCAGCAAAACCUCUUCAGAAUACAUGACAGUCGAGCGGCUCUUUCAGAAGACAAUGAAUGAUUUUGCUAUCCACAGCAUCAGGCGGAUUCAGAACAAAUCCCUUUGGCAAGUCUUCCAGUGGCAAAAGGAUCAAAUGAAGAAGAAGAAAGGAGGGCAGGACGUAGAGGAGAGGAUCCUGUUUCAUGGAACCGGCUCUUCUAAUCUGGAAGCCAUCUGCAGUGACAACUUUGACUGGAGAAUAUGCGGGACCAAUGGAACAUUAUAUGGGAAAGGAAGCUACUUUGCUAGAGAUGCACAUUACUCUCACAGCUACUGUCAGGUGGACACCAAGGUGAAGAGGAGUAUGUUUGUGGCUCGUGUUCUGGUUGGUGAUUUUGUGGUAGGGCGUCAAAGCUACAGUCGCCCCCCAGCCAGAUCGGUCGACAUGACCAACUGCUACGACAGCUGUGUGGACAAGAUGAUAGACCCAUCCAUUUUCGUCAUCUUUGAGAAGCAUCAGAUUUACCCCGCGUACGUGAUCAGUUACAUUGAAGAAAAGAAAUGUGUUUUAGCAUAAAUGACGAAAAGGCUGUGACACCUAGACCUAGUUUUUAUGAGCUUUUGUAACAGGUCAGGUUUAAAGCAGCAAUCUUUAUCUCCUGAAAUGAGUUAAGAAAUGUUGAGGAAGUUAGGAAACCAUAUAUUCUGAAUUCUAACAAUGGUAUGUUAAUGUGUACUACAGUAAAGAAAAGUCGAAUUAUUCUGGGGAAAAUGAACCCGUUUGCUACUGGCGAUUCCAUACGUUUUUUAAAAGUUAAUGAGUUUGCGAAUUUUUAACCUUUAAUGUUGUACGAUUUUUAUGGAUGGGUGUUGUACCCAUCAAAUGAUGUAGGACAGAGAAAUAGAUACAUAUGUUCUAUGUUCUACUUGACGGAUAAUAAUUUUCGUUGUACCAGGGACACAUUUAGCAUAGCUGUGUCAAAAGAUACAGCUGUUGACCCUGGCACUGAAUAGCUUUCUGUUGUACACAGGAUGAUUAGCUGUUACUGAUAAUCUGUAUUCUGUAACUAGUCUACAAUGACCUAGUCUAAUGGUGAAUAGAUGAAAGCUUUUGAUAAUGAGACAACUUAGCUCAAAUAUGUUUGGCCACUCCAUUACACAAUCGUGAUCAAACACAUGAACACGUUUCUUGGUUUAGGAUAAUUAGAAUUCUCAGAUCAAGUCAUCCUGGGCAAAUGUACUAAACCUACAAGACGUUACUGCUUUGAAACUCUUAUCCAACAGCAAGUGUGGCGUAAGUGGUCAGGAUAGUCACCCUGCCAGCCAGAGAAAAAUGUUCCAGACACAUUUAGUAAGACUGGUCCUGUUUUCUAGAGGGUAUCAUGAUCAGUGUUCUCACUUUUAUUCUGGACCCACCCACCCCCACCCCCCAAUCAAGGAGUCCAAGGCUGAUCCCCGUGGGUCCUCACAACGGCUCAAUUUUUUAAAAAGUUUAUAAAGCUUUGUGUGAUUUUUGUCAAAAUAAUGCAUUACUCUAUAGGCAACACAUUACUCUAAGACCAUACAGCAGGAAAACUUGCCAAAACUUGCAUUAGAUGGCAUAAACCUUAAACCCAAGAGUCCGAGGCCAAAGCUCAGGCGCUCUUUACGUUGCUGGCAAUUGCACGCCAUAGUCUAGGCCUUCGGUCCAUCAAAAUCCAAGUCAGUCUCUCUCCUCCAGGGCCUCAGUGCAGUUAUAAUUUCGGGCCCAGCAACCUCAGGUGAAGAUGACAUCCCAUCAGGACACGUUCUCAGGAGAAGCUUCUAGAUCACCUCACCACCACCCACGACUCUCCUGUGGGCCACAGGCUCUCAUGAGAAGCUCAGUACCACACUUCCUCCUUGGCCUUGGGACUGAUAAAAGUGGAGAGACCAAUCAGUGACAACUGCAGGCUGGACCAGGCCUGUUACUGUUCGCCUUCACCCUUCGGGGGGAGGCCAGAGGGUGCUUAGCCAUACACACCCACACACCCCUUUACAGGUUCUUCUCUCUUGUACUGUAGGGGAACUGCUGUUCACCUGGUGUGCCUCCAAUAAAAAACACAACAGGAGAGAUUCCUUCUGAGCACAGCAAAACUUUAUUCGGAUAAAGGAGACCCCAGCGAAAACAGGGUCUGCCUAAAGCACUGUGGUGUUCUCUUUCAUGGUAUGCAAUAAAGAGUUUUCAAGCAUGCACGUUACGACGCCACAUAACAAGCGCACAUUUCUUCCAUCCUUAUUUUGGGGGCCCCACCGGCUCCCUUUCUUCCCUUAUCUUCCUCUGUGCUGAGCAAGCAGAUGAUGCUCUGUGGCCUUCAACACGACUGCCACAGAGCAGGUUUAGUCUUCAGUGUGCUUUCAUGCGCAGGCUCAUUCUGUCCGUGCAUGUUUCAUAGCCUAGUUAUGGGUCAGUAAGCCAGCAGAUAAGUUUUUUUGUUUGUAAGAACACACAGACCACUUGUUCUCCUGCGCUCAAUGCAUCCCCCCCAGGAAUACCUCUCGUCUCAGUUUUUAGAUGCCCAGUCUAAUGUUAACUGCUUGCAGCACUUUGCAAAGACUAUCAAAAUGGCAUCACUGUUGCUCAUCGCUGUAGGUUAAGGUGAUGUGAUGUUUCUGUAAAGGUUUUGAAGGAAAUAAUAAAUUGUU